GACACUCCAGGGAGGCCGGGGGGGCGGGCGGCGGGCGGCGGGCGGGCAGCGCUCACCGCCUCUGGCGCACCAGCCCGGAGGGAGGGGGCUGCCUCUCGAGCCAGAACUGCAACGUCAAACAUCCCGGGAACCACCUCAGCCGCCCCCCGCCCCGGGCCCGCGGCGGCACGGAGCAUGGACGCGGUGCUGCUAGAGCACUUCCCCGGGGGCCUGGACGCCUUCCCGUCUCCUUACUUUGACGAGGAGGACUUCUUCACCGACCAGUCCUCUCGGGACCCGCUGGAGGACGGCGAUGAGCUGCUGGCGGACGAGCAGGCGGAGGUGGAGUUCCUCAGCCACCAGCUGCACGAGUACUGCUACCGCGACGGGGCGUGCCUGCUGCUGCAGCCCGCGCCCUCGGCGGCCCCGCACGCGCUCGCCCCGCCGCCCUCGGGGGGCCCCGGCGAGCCGGAGGACGGCGGCGGCGGCUACUGCUGCGACGGGCUGCGCUCGCACAUCCCCACGCUGCCCUACGAGAAGCGCCUCUCCAAGGUGGACACGCUGCGCCUGGCCAUCGGCUACAUCAACUUCCUCAGCGAGCUGGUGCAGGCCGACCUGCCGCUGCGCGGCGGCGGCGCGGGCGGCGGCGGGGGGCCGGGAGGCGGCGGGCGCCUGGGCGGGGACAGCCCGGGCAGCCAGACCCAGAAGGUCAUCAUCUGCCAUCGGGGCACCCGGUCCCCCUCCCCCAGCGACCCGGAUUAUGGCCUCCCUCCCCUGGCAGGACACUCCCUCUCAUGGACUGAUGAAAAGCAACUCAAAGAACAAAAUAUUAUCCGAACAGCCAAAGUGUGGACCCCAGAGGACCCCAGAAAACUCACCAGUAAAUCUCCCUUCAACAACAUAGAAAACGAACCGCCUUUUGAGUUUGUGUCCUGAGAAGCCCCAGACCCGCCUGAGGAUCUGAUUCUGUCUCUGUGCAUAUUGUACAUGUAAAUAUCAAUAAUGUAAUUUAAGAAUCACAUUUUUCUAAAGGCAAUCAACUGUUUGUUAUUUAUCUAUUUAUUAUCCUGUCGAGUUAAUGAAAUAGACGAUCUCUUUUUAAGUAUAUAAUUUAUAUAAUUUAUCCUGAUUUUCUGAAAAUAUGCAAUAGCCUGUGAUUUCCCCCCCCCCAGCACCUUUGGCAGAACUCUGCGUUGUUGGAAGAACUCUGGCCGGACAACUUCAUGCUAAUUUAUUGCCAGAUAUGGUUUAUUUCUAAGCGAUGUUAAUAAAUGCUAUUUACACUUUU